CCCACCCCCACCGCCUCCGGAAGAAUCAAGCAGCUACCAGUGCUGCACAAGCAAACAUGACAUCCUGGCCUGCAGUCCCUGCAGCAGGGUAAUAUACAGCUCGGUUGGUAUAUUGUGUAUAUACAGCGCGCGCAUGAAGAUGUAUAAGGACCUCCCUCUCUACUUAUUGGCUUGUGAGUCCUGAGCAGGCAGCAGCAGUCUGUUCUUGAGAUCUUCUCCGUCUGCGCUCAAGCCCCUCCCCACACAGCCUUUUGGCAUUCAUCUGCUUCUCAGCUUCAACUGUCUUGUAGCUGCCGGUCUUUAAGUUCCCCCAGUGAAUUACUGUGAAGUAUCUAAGCUGCGACUGAGAAGGAUGGUUAAUGCCGCUUCAACAGCCCUUGCUCUUGGAUGUUGCUGUUGCCUCUUGGCGGCCGCAUGUCUUUUAUGUUCCGCGGAUGCCUCCCGGGCAACAGUGGAGCCGCAUUCUCUACGACCUCCUGUCGGAGCAAAGAAACAAGCCUCGCGGCGAAUGUUGACAGAAGGAGCGAGAGGCCAAGCAAGAAGAGUUUUAAAAGCGCUCGACUUCGAACAAGCGCCUCCUCCUGCGCAGGGACCACUAGGAUACUCGUCCUCUUUCACUAGCAAAAGCCACAUUCCAAGCGACUCGGACGAGCUGAUGAGUAUGGACUACACUCCCGUUCACAGAAAACCGCCAAUCAAUAACAGAAUCCCCUACUUACCCGUCCACUACAGCCCUGGCAGAGGCCAAUGAGCGAUGCCCCUGUAAAGGCGGUCGGGCGAGUGAAUUUGUUUUCUUGGUCACCAUAGCCUCAACAGCCAAAGUUACUGCAGAUAUUGAUGGUGGUGCCUAUUGUGCAUGCCAACGCAGGGGGUAGUGGACGUGUGUUUUGUGAAUUGAGCGAGUGCUAGUGAAUUCGAUGAUUCAUGUAGAUA